AUGUGCGGCAGUAAUAGCGAACCUUCAAAAGGAAAUGAUAAGGACGGCGUGGAAAGCUCCGAUGCUCUGCCAGCUGCCGUUACGAAUUCCCUUUCUGCGCUUUUACCGCUUCUAGGAAUCACUUCCGAUGCAUCCGUAGAACUGGCACCCGUCUCGGGUGUGGGUGAGAACUCGUACGGUCAAGUGCUUCGUGCUAGCUGGCCGGGCUCCGAUACAGCCUUGAUUGUGAAAAUGGCGCCCAAAAAUGUGGCAAGACGGGCGCACAUGCGCGUCAUCGAUUUCUAUGAGCGUGAGGUGUUCAUGUACGAUCGUGUCUUUCAAGCGUACCGAGCAAUGGGUGCACAUUUUUCUGUGCCUCCUACCCUGCACGCCAGCGAUCUGAAGGCACCGAAUGAGUUUCUCAUCUUUGAAGACUUAAGCCAACAAGGAUAUGUGCAGAAUGAGCGAAGUAACAUGCCCACCUACGACUUGGUGGUGAGUGCCAUUGAGGCGCUAGCCCACCUCCAUGGCUGCUCAUUUGCGCUGCAAGCAAAGCAACCAGAAGUAUUCCAUCAGCUGGUAUCACAGUUGGGCGAUAACCUCUUCACCCAGGACAUUGGGCCGGUGACGAUUGAGUUUGGCAAGCAGCAGGUGAGGCACACCAGACGCAUGUUGCAGGAAGACAUCAGGAUGGAUACAGCCGAGCCUAAUGUACACAACAUGGUAGAGCUGCUGCAGCAGUGUGAAAAUCACUUCAAGGCCCUCGCUCUGGAUUGUGUUAAUGGAGCAGGUCAGGCCCCUUAUGCGGUGAUCUGUCACGGCGACUUUUGGAAUAACAACAUUUUGUAUAAACACGAUGCUCUUAGUGGACGUGCCGUGCACGCCAAGCUGAUCGAUUUCCAAAUGUCGCGCUAUGCACCUCCGGUGCUGGAUCUGGUGCAUUAUCUAUAUACCUGUACGGAAAAGCAACUACGUGAUGCACAUUUUUCCGACUUCCUCAGAACAUACUACAAUGCAUUAAGGAUAUAUAUAGAGGGCUUUGGUCUGACUAUGGAGAGGAUUUACCCUCAGAGCAUUUUUGAGCAACAGUUGAGAGAAUUUGGAAUUUACGGCUUCAUAAUGGCCGCAUUUGCCAUGCCCUUCUUCAUAUCGGAGGCGAGCGAGAUCGUUGACAUAGAUGCAGUUUCCGAGGCCAUUCAGGAUUUGUCCGCCACCGCUCAUGACGAUCAUCUCGAGGGACAAAUUAAAAAUGACAGCGGCCACAAAGAUAUUUCCAAGUGCCGCAAACUGGUGGAGGAACACGAAAUGCUGACGGAACGCACAUUACCGAUAUUUAAACGGCGCAUGACGGAUAUUGUGCGCGAUCUUGUCAAAUACAAUAUGUUGCAGCCGUUACUUAAGCUGAACAAUAACUGA